CUUCAUUCCUCCCCAAUUUACCUCCUCUUUUAUCCCUUCUUUUCCAUUUAAUACUCUAGAUUUUUUUCUGGCGCUCUACCCUCUAUCUGGCGCCAUAUAUACUCUCCAUACACCCACCCAUAUCGAUCUCAAAAAGAUAACUUACUUUUUUUUAUUUUCUGACAAUUCUCAUAACUCUAAUUAUAAGCUGCAACUUUGAACUUCUUAAGGGCACUCUCUCAUUUAACCAGUUCCUUCUCUUCUGUGUGUGAUAAUCAUGUCGAGUAGAAGGUCACGUUCUAAUGAAUCAAGAACUAUUACUGGUUCAACAAUCAGCGAUGAUCAAAUUGCUGAUCUUGUGUCCAAGCUACAACAACUCAUACCACAAAUUCGCCAUAACCGGCGUUCCACCGCAGACAAGGUUUCAGCAUCAAGGGUAUUAGAGGAAACAUGCAACUACAUAAGAAGCUUGAACAGUGAAGUGGACGGCCUUAGUGAACGCUUGUCAGAGCUUCUGGCUUCAACAAAUGACAACACUGUCCAGGCCGACAUUAUUAGGAGCUUACUUAUGUAACAUGCAUUUAUAAUUAACAAUAUCUAAUUAUGUAAUUGGUCAUUAUAUAGUUAAUUAAUUUCCCAUCCAAUUAUGUAAUUGGUCACUCACUAGAGACCAAUCCUGUGGAAGUGGAACCUAGCUAGCUAGCUAAAUAUAUGUUUAUACUAUGGCUUAAUCAUUAACUAUUUGUAAGCUUAAUUUAUGUAUCAAUGUGGACAUUAAUCUAGUCAUUAUUAAGUUCAUCUA